AUGUUGACCCGGCUCUUCAGUGACUCCAGCCUCAUGCCUGAGGUUCACAAAUACCCCACGUGGGCGGAGGACAGUGAGAGCGAUGAAGAGAAGCUGAGAGAUGAACGCAAUAGCGAGAGCUGUGACCCCCAGGACAGUCAAGCUGAGGACUCUGUGAGUGUUGCCCAAGACAAUGAAGAGGCAGAAACCGGGAUGGAGGAGGAGGAUGAAGAUGAGGAGGAAGAAGAGGUGGAGGAGGAGGAGGAGAAUGGGAGCAGACCUAGGAAGCGGGGCCCGAAAAGGAGGAAGAUGACCAAGGCCAGGCUGGAGCGCUUCAAGCUGAGGCGCCAGAAAGCUAACACCCGGGAAAGGAACCGCAUGCACGACCUGAACUCUGCCCUGGACAAUCUCCGCAAAGUUGUUCCGUGUUACUCUAAAACACAAAAACUUUCCAAAAUAGAAACUCUGCGCCUGGCGAAGAACUACAUCUGGGCUCUUUCAGAGAUCCUGCGGUCAGGCAAGAAGCCGGAUUUGGUCUCCUAUGUGCAGACGCUGUGCAAAGGUCUAUCUCAACCCACCACGAACCUGGUGGCCGGCUGCUUACAGCUCAACUCCCGCAACUUCCUCAGUGAGCAAGGCCCGGAGCCGGGCCGCCUCCAGCCGCCAACAUCCACAUUCGCCAUGCACCCAUACCCGUACCAGUGUGCCCGGCUACCAAGCCCACAAUGCCAGGCUGGGGCGGGCACUAGCAACCACCCGCUGCGCUCCCACACUUACUGCGGGGGCUAUGAGCAGCACCUGUACGGGAACGGCUCCCCUGAAUACCCGGGCUCCGAGCUGGACGGCUCCCUGAGCCCUUCUCUCUGCACUAACGGCGGCUCCUACCCCCUGAAGCCGGACUCUCCCCCAGAACACGAGAAGAAUUAUCACUAUACCAUGCACUACUCGGCACUGCCCAGCUCCCGGGGGCCUGCCCAUGGACUGCUGCUCAGGCCCGGCCUGCAUUCGGAUAACCUGACAGCCUAUGAUUCCCACAUUCACCACGACAGGACUGCGGUGUACGAGGAACUCAACGCGUUUUUCCACAAUUAA